AUCGACAACAGAACAACAUACUACAGAACAAAGAAAUCACUUGAAGUCGUAGCAGUACGGAAUGAGGUUCGUUGUGGUCGUGUUACUCGUGUCCUUAUCUGUGUUCGUUUCUCCCGUCAUCAAGCCGGCGUGUGGACAGAAAAACAAGCAAGCCGGACAGUCAACGUCAAAUUUUUCAUGUCUGGCGGGUCGUCCUGGUAUCCCUGGACUCCACGGUACGCCCGGUGCUCAUGGACGAGACGGACGAGAUGGCAGACCAGGUACUCAAGGUAAACAAGGUCCUCGAGGAUUGGAAGGGACUCCAGGAAAGCAAGGACCUCCCGGAGCUGCUGGUGCACCAGGUAACACUGGUCCUCAGGGUAUUUCAGCCUAUUUCAACUGGAAAGAGUGUUCGUGGACAAACAUUAACGAAGAAAAAGACAAUGGUCUGAUCAGGGAUUGUCUUUUCUACAAGAAUUUCACGGAUUCCAUCCUCCAUGUUUACUGGAAUGGAGGUUUCAAAAUUAUUAAUUGUAACGGGUGUUGUAAGCGCUGGUUCUUCACGUUCAACGGUGCGGAAUGCAAGACCCCUCGUGCUAUUGACGGCAUCUUGUACAUGGCAAAAGGAGUCGGUCACAACAUCCACCGUGUCCGCCAUAUUGAAGGUCACUGUGACAGGAUCCACAAGGGACAUGUUCGUGUGGGCUUUAAUGUGGGGAACUGUUCUGGGUAUGGAAAUGCCGACGCUUGGACCGGGUGGAAUUCAAACAGUCGUCUGUUCGUAGAGGAGGUACCCAGGCCCCAGCAGUGAGUCUUCCCUUCCUUACCAGUCCCUAUAGGUAGCUCAUCAUACAGUAUUCAAUCAGUCUGGCUGUUAGUUCUAUUGAUAGCCAGACUGAAUUAAUAAUGAAUGAAAAGUCAUGUAAGACACAUUUAUUAAACAUUAAUUUAAGAUAAUAACAUCUGAUGUGGUAUUUGAAUGAUGUAAGUAAGUGACUGAUCAUUGGAAA